GCAAAAAAAACAUUCCAGACCUCAUCCCAUUUUCUUCCGUACACGCUUUCACUUCCUCCCAAUCCACCCAUGGACUCGCCGCCGCCGCCGUCUCUCCCGCCGGCGAGCCCGCUCCCCCUCCCGCCGUGGCGGCCCGAUCCGUCGCCGGCCGUCCUCCCCUGGCCGGACCUCCUCGCCGGCGCGGCCGCCGCCACCCGCCGCCUCAUCGCCGCCCACUCCCGCCACUUCCUCGCCCUCUCGUCCCUCCUCCUCCUCCCGCUCUCCCUCCUCCUCCUCUCCCUCCCGGCUCCCUUCCUCCCGCCCGUCUCCCCCUCCGUCUCGCUCCGCUCUACUACGACGCCGCAGCCGGCGCUCCCCCUCCCGCUCCUCGCCCUGGUUGCCGCCGCCGCGCUCCUUUACCUCGCCGCCUUCGCCGCCGCCGCCGCCAGCGCGCACGCGGGGUUCUUCGGCCGCCCCGUCAAGCUGCUCGCCUCGCUGCUCUCCGUGCCCGCGUCCCUCCUCCGCCUCCUCCUGACGGCGCUCCCCGCAGCGCCGCUGCUGCUUCUCCCGCUCCUCCCGCUCCCGUUCCCGCUUACCGCCGCCCUCGCCGUUCUUGGCCUCCUCCUGUUAGUCCCAUUCUGGUCUCUCGCCGGCGCCGCCGCCGUCGUCGAGUCCAGCGCCUGUGUGUCCCCGCUGCGGCAGAGCUGCCGGCUGCUCAAUGGCGCGCGCCUCGCCGCGCUCUCUGCGUUCUUGGUGUUCGGCGCCGGGAUAGGGGUCACGCUAUGGGGAUUUGGUGGGGUGGCCGCGGAGACCUAUGAUGCCAGUGCUGGGUGGGCCGGCAUGGCGCCGGUGGUGGUGAAGGCGGUGGUCGGAACGGCGGUGCUGGUGGUUCUGAUGCUUUAUGGAAUGGUGAUCAACGUUGUGCUCUAUAUGCAUUGCCGCGCGCUUCACGGGGAGCUCACGGGGGAGAUCUACAACGAAUUCGCCAACUCGUAUGUCUUCCUGCCCUUUGACGAGGGCAAGGAUCGGCAUGUAGUGUCAGUGGUCACGGUGUGGCCAUGAUUGACUAUCGCCGCGGUGGUGUCUCUUCAAUUGUGCAAACGUUUGGAUCAAAUACUCUUCUAUUAGCCUUAGGCCUUUACAGCCUUAGCCCUGGAAUAUAUAAUUUUGUUCAGGUAACGUAUCUUUCAUAUGUACAAUAUUGUUUCAAUAUGCACUGAAUAAUAAAAUAGUUCUUGUGCUAUUUGGGAUAACGUAGAUAUAGAUCAAAUUCAUACAUAAGUGUGAUGCUAGACUUCAUUUGAGAUGAGAUGCAGGAAAAUGUUCUUUUGUUGAAAGGGGCUGAGAUAGAGUACCCUUUUCACUACUGUUUUGCUGGUGGAGUCUCAGAGAAGGUUGUAUUCAUUAAUCUGUUUGUCAUGCACUUGUUUAGCGAAUUUCCCUGUUCCUCAUACUGCUGGAAAAAUAUUCAUAGUUCCAGUGCUAGGAAAGGAGCUACUUUUUUUUAAGAAA